AUGGCGCUCGAGCCCGGUCCUCGCCGUUCUAUGUCCCCAGUCGAGAGCUCUGGCCGGAAUACUCCAACACCACGACAGUGGAGGAACCAACUCAGCGCAGAGGAUACUCCCAUCAAAGACAAGCACUACCGAAAAUAUGCGUCGGGCGUCGAGCGAACCCUGUCGCUUUUCGAUACGGCUCUGGAGGAAUGGGCAGACUACAUCUCCUUUCUGAGCCGGUUGCUCAAGGCUUUACAAGCACGACAGGGUAGCAUCACGAGCGUCCCUUCGAAAGCUUUGGUCGCAAAGCGUCUCUCACAAUGCCUCAACCCGUCACUCCCUUCCGGCGUACAUCAGAAAGCGCUGGAGGUCUAUAACUAUGUAUUCUCAAUUAUAGGGAAGGAUGGCUUGUCCAAGGACCUCCCGUUAUACCUGCCAGGCUUGGCUUCCACUCUUUCAUUCGCGUCGUUGACCGUCCGCGCCCCGUUCCUCGACCUCCUAGAGAAAAACCUCUUGCAAGUAGACCCGAAGUCUUUACGGCCAGCAAUGAAGUCUAUUGUUCUGGCACUUCUGCCGGCGCUAGAGGAGGAAACGAGCGAGGACUUUGACCGCACCAUGAGACUGAUGGAGAACUUCAAGGCGGCAAUCCGGCCGCCAAAUAGCAAGCAUCUUACUAAGACGGACUCGACUGGUGACGACUUCUUUUGGCAGUGCUUUUUCUUGGCUGCUAUCACAAGUCAAAGUAGACGGCCUGGUGCCCUGGCAUAUCUGGUUCGGAACCUACCGAGGCUGGGCCAUCCCCUUGCCGCCGAUCUAACGUCGAGUAAGACCGAGGAGGCGGACCUCGACGGCUUAUCUACUGAGCUGUCGAGCCUUGUGACUUCUCCAGAGCCCGGCUUGCUCCUGAGGUGCUUUGCUGCUGGUCUCGAAGAUGAACAGAUUCUCAUCCAGCGAGGCUUCCUGGAUCUUCUCGUCACUCAUCUUCCGCUGCAUUCCAAGGUGCUACAGACAAGGGUCAAGCCUGACGAUUUGGAGCUCCUCCUUCGUGCCGCUGCCGGCGUUAUUACCCGAAGAGACAUGAGUCUCAAUCGGCGGCUUUGGGCAUGGUUUCUUGGGCCAGAGCCCCCUAGCCAAGACCACGAGAACGGCAUGGAUUCCCCUGCUUCGCCUUCUGAUCAUCAACAAGGCUACUUUGCUUCCAAGACAAGCUACUUCGAGGAGUAUGGGUUACAGCCGCUCACCCACGCUCUAUUAUCUCUCAUUAACUCUGUACAUGAAAGCAAUGCUGCAGAGAGGGCCCGGCCAUACCGGAUAUGCUUAUCUCUCAUGGAUAGAUGGGAGAUUGGGGGACUGGUAGUCCCCGAAAUCUUUCUUCCUGUCAUCAUCAGCGUCAGAAACUUCAAAUCCAGAGCUCCCGGUAACGCCGAGUUCGGCGAAGUACUGAAAAGCGCGAGGGUGUUCUUCGACGGUGUUGAGAGUGGCCUCAUAUACGGUGAACUAAUAGGCCUCAUGGCCCAGGCUAUCGGUCCAGGGCCCGUCUCUGACUCUGAACGUUUGGAGAAGAUAGCACUCGUCCAGUUUAUAAUGGCUCAUUUCAACAUACGAGAGGAAGAGAUGGUGACGCUCCACGCUCCUCUCGCGGCAUUGUCUAUUCUUGCAAUGCUAGAGGAUGUCAGGGAACGUAAUGGGUCAACAAUGAAGCUUGAGGACGGAAACGCUCCUCUCCUAUCCAUGGCACUUGAGGUUGCGCUGCAACUGAUCGAGCUAAUCCCGGAACGAGCUUUCCCAACCAAGUCAGGGGAGCGGGACUCAAUUGGGUCGAUUCAGGGGCCAAUCCUAGCAUCUAUGCCAAACAGUGAGUUGCUCAAAAAGAUCAGGCACUUCUAUGUCACCAAUCAAGGGAACCUCGAGGCUGCCCAAAUCCCCUUCUCUGCUCAGAACGUUGGUGCUCUUCUUGUCCAGAAAGCGUGCAACUUGACUUGCGACAGCUUUGCAUCCUCCGCUCGCACGGUAACGAUGUCUAGCAGAAGCCAAGUUCUUGCUCUUCUGCUAUCGAAAACCCCCUCCGAGUAUGCUCUGGACACAGACAGACUUCUCUCCUCAAUGCAGGCACGUCUGUCAACAUCUAGUACCCCUUUCGUCUCCUUCAAAUCCAUGCUCUCUCUCUCAACACAACUCUAUAUGGCCGAUCGUAUAUCGACGGGCGCCAUGUCGAAAUUGGUCGAGCCUCUAGUCCGUCAUGCGUGGAGUUUUUUGUCUUCGUCCGAACCGAAGUAUCACGUCGAGACAGUCAGGUGCCUGUGGCAAUUACAAACGGCUCUCACAUUCACGAACCGCGACAUUGAAGCUGUCAUUGCUGAUCUUAUGCUCAGAGGCGAUACAGCAGGCACAUACGCAAAUCGGCCGGCCGAUCCUGGCCGAAGUUUCAGUAUCCUAUGGUCUCACACUUUGCAAGAUAAUCCUUCAUAUUCCGAUCGGAGAGCUCCGAAGACGCCUAUGGGUGAAAUAAAAUUACCAUAUCGGCUUCCAGGCAUGGAUUAUUAUGAAGUGAUGCUUACCAGGCCCCUAUUUCUGAUGCUCGAUGCACUGCUGGACGAACGAACUCAACUAUUCAUGGUGGCCAAGAAUUGGCUCAAUAGCAUGGUUGGUAUAGAGAAGCUCUUUCUGGUCUUUGUGACCAAGCUCUCGCAACUGCGGUUUCUCCGGACCCUACCUAAGACUAUGAGCUCUGCGUCGACGCAGUCCAUCGGCUACUCGGCAGAAGACGACCUCGAUGUAGGGCUAUAUUAUAUUCGUACCCUUUCAAACCUGUUUCGGUGGGCUCCAGAUGCUUUUUGGGGAGUCCUUGCGACAAGAAUGAUCGAGGAACCAGAACAAAGUCUUACAGAGAUCACUGGAACCGAGGGCGACUUGUCUCUCCAGGAGUUUUUCCUCCAUGUGUGUAUGCGCUGCAUAGCUGGAAAUAAGUUCCCGACCGAUACCCAAGUGCAGCUUCGAACAGCCCAGCUUCAACGCUGCGCAUUGACCUUGUUGCACCAAAUACUUCUGAAUCCGUACGCUGAAGCGCUGUCAAAACUCAAACUCGAAGGCCCCUUGAUCGACAGGCUGUCUCAAUCGCUCGAGAGUCCCGAUCCCUACAUGCAGGUUCUCCUGUUGGAUGUGGUUUUUGCCUCGCUUAGACUACGAGACGCAUCUCCCGCAGAGCUGCCGUCAUCUCCAGUAGGAGAAAAGCGGUCCUUGCAUCGCCCGUCUGGUAGUCGGCGGUUGACUUCUGCCUCCGUUGAACACAUUGUAGACAUCACGGCACCGCCGGCUUCGCUACUUAAGUGUAUUCAAUCGGGUCUCAGCUCUCCUAGUAGCCGCCCCGUACUGGAUAGCUGGGUAGGAUUCCUUACCGAAUGCCUCCCUUUGUACUCCGGCUCCAUUUUUCAAGUGCUUAUACCUCUGGUUGAGACGCUCUGCAGCCAAGUCGGUAGUACCUUUAGCGACCUACAAAAUACGUUCAAGCAGGAUGGGAAACCAUCCCCUACUACCAAUGCCCCCGAAUCGACAUUGAUAUCGUUACUCAACGCCCUGGAACAAGUACUUGCAAAGGCACAUGAUCAGUUGAUAGCUGAAGAGGCCAGAGCGCAGGUGGUGAAGAGCCCCGACCAACCCCAAGGGUUCUUUGGCAAUAUGGUAUCAGGGGUGUUCAACUCAGAGGCUCCACAAUCUCGCAGCGCGACUGCAAACGACCGACUUACCGUCCUUCUUGCCUUCCAAGACGCGGUUCGAAUGUGCUUCAGAAUUUGGUCUUGGGGUCAGGGAAGCGACGCGGGCAAUUUGGAUAUCGCCUCGGCUGCUUCGUUCAACUAUACAUCACUUCGCAUGCGCAACCGUGCUAGGCGCCUGCUCGAACACGUGUUUGCUGCCGAGGCGUUGGAGUGUCUUGAGACAGUCAUAGGCAUCUGGCGGACAUCAUCAAGCAGCGCGGACACGGCCAAGCAUUCAGAGGUUUUCAAUCUUCUACCUGCCCUGGACGGUUCUCGGCCACGACACACGAUUCCGGCUAUUUUCAACGCUAUAUACAGCCGUACCAACCCUGGUGCCCUUGAUCCGUCCAGGAAGUCGACAAUGACCAUAUCUUUACAAGACACCGACCUGGUGAUCUUCUUGGUCGACUAUGCUCGGUCACUUGAAGAUGACGCGAUGGAUGAGAUAUGGCAAGACUGCAUGAUCUUCCUGAAAGACCUCCUUGGAAACCCAUUUCCGCACAGGCAAACGCUACCUAGUCUCUUGGAAUUUGCUGCCAUCUUAGGUGAAAAGGUGGACAACACGAACUUUGGAGAGCAACGGAAAAUGCGAAGGGAGCUCAGCGAACUAUUCCUCAGACUCCUCACUGCUCUCUUUACAACGAGACCAGCCGCGUUUGCCGAUUCCACAUCAGCCUCUCAGUCAGAAACGACGAAACUUGACGCCCCGGGAUCUAGGAGCCCCGCUGAGAGAGCAGAUGACGUUGUGGGGAUCUUGUCUGGAAUCGUCCCAGUCCUACCAAAGGUUCUGGUAGAAUCAGACCGAGUCUUGACAGCGGCCCAAGCUAUCUCAGCGAACGUCAUCGGGCCAGCUAUUCGCUCGAAAGGCUUUCCCGACACUAUCACUAAGAGCACGUUGAGUCUACUCCGGGAGCUCACCCGCUUACCCAGCAACCAGAAGACGUGGAAGAAGGAUAUAGGGGACGCGUUCAACGAGCCGAGGUUCUUCAAUUCGUCUGUUGCCCUUGUGCAGAGCGGUUGGCUACCUCUACUGAAGCUCUGGACAGUAACCGACAAGGAUCGGAUGUCAGAAGUACUGAGCCGGAUAUCGCCACCUACAACCGCCGGUAUAGUCUUUGGGGUAGGGGCUACUUCUGCUAGACUCGAGGCCGACCGCAGGACACAACUGAAUCUCCGCCGUGUUGCAGCUCUGAUUCUGGCGUGCGGGACAGAUACCUUUGUCACAGACCUACCUACGAUUAUGGAACGCAUAGUCGACCUUCUAGCAUCAACCUCGACGUCGUCGCCUUCUUCUACUACACGAGCUGACAUUUACAUGGUGAUCCGCGCCCUUGUGCUACGGACAUCCACGAUCCACCUAUCGGGGCUGUGGCCAAUUGUCAACGCUGAGCUCCACACGGCCAUAUCUUCAGUUGCGGCACCUGAUAACAGCGCUGGAUCCGACACAUUCAAUAACAUAUCCAUACUUCAGGCGUGCAAGCUCCUAGACGUCCUAAUCGCCGUGGCGCCCGAUGACUUCCAGCUGCACGAGUGGCUCUUUGUCACGGAUACCGUCGACGCCAUCUACCGCUCCCCCAACUACCAGCCCGUCGCGCUUGUCGACGAGCUUUCGGAUGAACUGGGCAACACGGCCAUAACAUCGGCACUGCCACAAGAGUCGGCAGCAAUGAUGGCGGCGGGCGGUGCAUCAGGACAGCGGCGGCCGCUUCUCGGGCCGUGGGGCAUCAACGACGAGCUGGCGGUCGACAGGAAGGAUGAGCUCGUGGCCAAGAUCCUGCGGCCCUUCUUCGGGCAGCUCAGCAUCUACGCGUUCGAGUCCACGUACGCUAUGGGCGCCGUGGACAUCGAGGGCUGCGUGUCGAGCCUGCUGAAAGACUUGUUCGACGAGAAGAGCAUUGUCAAGGCGCUGUGA